AUGGUUAAAGUAAAGGCACAAGAGCUUAGAGGAAAAAAGAAACUUUUUCAUCAGUUGAAUGAAUUAAAAACUGAGCUUCAGCAACUUAAUGUAAAUAAAGUUACAGGAGGUUCACCAUCUAAACUUAGUAAAAUAGAGUUAGCAAAUUAUGAUAACAUUGACAAGAAAAAAUGUGAUGAAGAUAUGGUAAACAAUAUUUUUGACUCAAUAAAUGCAGACAAGGAUAAAAUAAAAAAAGUCAUCCGACUCAAAACAAGAGACACAUCAAAAAUACCACCAGUUAUCAUUGAGUUAGACAAUGCGUCAGACAAAAUAAGUGUAUUAAAAGCUGCAUACAUUAACAGAAACAAGAUAAAUGAAAUCUAUUUUAACUCAGAUAUGACAGAAUCCGAAAGAGAUCUCAUUAAACAGCUACGUAGCGAAGUUAAAUUGUUAAAUGCUAGCCUAAAUCAAAAAGAUGAAUACUACUACACUAUAAGAAAUUUUAAAGUUGUGAAACUCAUGAAAAAACCAAAGCAAUAG